CUUGGUCAGAGCAGAAGAGCUGACUCUGCAGUGUGCAUGGCCUUUUCUAUUGCAAUUCACGCCCGAUUUAUUGUAUUACCUGGCUCUUGUGUUUACCUGUUUGGGUAUAAAUAGUUCCCCCUUUAUCUCUUGUGUUUAGUGCUGAAGCGUCGUCCCUGUUGUUGGAAAGUGGAAACGUUUUGGUAACUGUGAUGUUGUGAAAAGGAAAAAAAAUAUGCUAAAGAAAAGACGAAGAGAAUGAUGAAUAAAUCUCACUAUAAGGAUGAAAGAAAGAAAGAUCAGAAAGAUCAGAAAUAAAAAAUGAGAUGAAAGAAUCAAGAAAAAGGUAACCGAAGACUACGUUUGGAAUCCUUCUUUCUUCGGGUAUGAGAGACCAAUGGAGUGAAGCUGUGGGCGGCCCGCUAUGAGUGAUGGGCGUGCGGAGGCGUGCGGGCGGCGGUGGGCGGUCCCGACUCACCAUCACGACCUUCCACCUGGGUGCCGUCGGGUCCCGUGCAGAGCCGUCGAUCCGCAGCACGGUGGUGGAGGAGAGCGUGAGCGACUCCCUGGUGGAGCGGUUCCUUCAGUGCCCGGCCGCGCGAGGGGGACCUGAGCGCCGCCUGGACACCGUCACCCUCCUGAAGAAGGAUGGCUCUCUCGGGGUCAUGAUCGCCGAGGGCGUCGACCACGGCCUCUACAUCCAGGCCGUGUCCCCGGGAGGCCCCGCCGCGCUGCAGGGCACCCUCAGGCCAGGCGACCGCAUCGUGGGCAUCAACGGGCGCUCGGUGGAGACCCUCCCCUACGCCGCCGCCGUCGACCUCCUGCGCCAGAUCUCGGACUCCGUGACCCUCCUGGUGUCGCAGCCGGUAGUGACCUCGUCGUCGUCGUCCGCCCCCGCCCGCGCCUCGUCCACUCACACGACUCAGGCGCACACCACGCCCAUCGUGUCUCCGGACGCCCGCGCUUCGGCUGGGACCGGGGCGAGGGAGAGAGGCGCGCGAGAGGAAAGCGCGAGUGCAGCUGCUGGGUGGCGCCCGCAGCUUCAUCACGGAGGUCAGGUCAGGCCCGGUCACCGUGAUCACCCUGAACGCGACCCCGCCCCCCGCGCCCUCGCCAGCGCCCUCUGACCCCGCGCCGGCCGUCUCCACCUUCGAGAUAUCCGUAGGGCCUCGGGUGCCUGCGGAAGGAGUUAAAGAAGGAGGCGGAGGAGGAGGAGGAGGCCCAGAGCAGGCCGUCUCGAGCAAGCAG